CGCGACACCACAUUGCUUGAAAGGUCAUUCUCCGGGGUUGCAGUGUCGGAACGAUCGCUAGAUACGGAUCCUUGGGCCUAUGAAAUGGCUCAAUUUACUCAUGCCUCCGUAUGGAAGUUGGCAUGAACACGUGCGGCCUAUGAGUGGCUCUCGUCUGGAAACUCUGUAUCGCCUGUCGAUCUGCACCCCUCGACAACAAGAAGAGAUAUGAACACGCGAACGACCAGUAUCAUGAAUUCCAGAAAUGUCUGCAGUCCACUUAGUCGCCUCAGCAUGUCUCCUGUACACUCUAUCCUCUUUGCCCUUGCUGCUUCUACCGUAUCUACUUUUGCGAUCCCCAUCCUUCAACCCACAGACGUCCUCCGAUUAGAUGCUCAUGGCUCUUUCCAGCUCAGCGUCUUCAGCGAUCUGCAUUUCGGUGAAGCUCAAGACACGUUAUGGGGCCCCGAGCAAGACAUCAACAGUGCCAAGGUCAUAACCUCGGUUCUCAAUGCUGAGCCCAACGCUGCCUUGGCUAUCCUCAAUGGUGACUUGAUCACUGGAGAGAACACUUUCCUCCACAACUCUACUAAAUAUCUGGACUCCGUAGUGGCUCCGCUAGUGAAACAUGGCAUGAGCUGGGCUAGUACCUAUGGCAAUCACGAUAGCGACUUCAAUCUCUCACGCGAAGGCAUCUUCGCUGAGGAGUCAAAGUAUCCGCUCAGUCGUACAAGGAAGAUGGUCUCUGCCUCCGAUGCUGGAGUAUCGAACUACUACUUACCUGUGUAUGGCAACGCAUCGGCCGUGCCUGAGUUCCUACUCUGGUUCUUCGACUCCCGCGGUGGCAACUACUUCCAACAGAAAUCUGCAGCUGGCAACUCCGUGCCACAACCCAACUGGGUCGCACAAAGUGUUGUCAACUGGUUCACUCAAACUCGAUCCGCUCUAGAGAAGAAUCACAACCGUAUUAUCCCGAGCGUCGCUUUCGUUCAUAUACCCGUCAAUGCCAUGGCUGCUUUCCAGGCCACGGGUGUAAACAAGAAGCGUGAGCCUGGUAUCAACGAUGAUAACCCUCUGGCUCAACAAGGAUCUGCAUCAGGCCAAGGCGACGUUAGUGGUACAACUUUCAGCUACAAUGGCCAAGACAUUCCCUUCAUGCAAGCACUCCUCGACACAAAGGGGCUCAAAGCAGUCUUCUCUGGACAUGACCAUGGCGAUGACUGGUGUUUCAGGUGGACCUCGAAGCUCAAGGGUAUGAAUCUGACAGGAAACGGUAUAGACCUCUGUUUCGAUCGACGAAGUGGAUAUGGCGGCUAUGGGUCCUGGACAAGAGGUAGCAGACAAGUGGUUCUGCAGAAGGACAAAGAAGAGGUCGAGACCUGGGUAAGAAUGGAGGAUGGAAGCGUGAGUGGAAAAGUCACUUUGAAUGGGACUUACGGGCAAGAUUCUUAUCCAGCUGUCCGAUCGUAGUCAAAUGUCAAAACACCUAUCUCUCUCCAGAA